AUGGAUCAGAUCUACUUAUCACAAAACUUUAACAAUACAAAUGAGACAUUUCCCUCACUGGAAGCCCUGUCCGAUGAGUGGCAGGUGUUUCUCAUAAUGUUAUACUCGGCUACGGCCACCAUAUCGUUGGCCAGUAAUAUCAUUACGAUAAUAGUGUUGGCAAAAGGGGAACGCAUAUCAUCGGAGAUCUGGAAAUUUUUACUUAAUCUAUCGAUAUCUGAUAUAUUGAUGUCCCUAUUUUCCAUACCAUUUUCUUAUACUAUAUUUAUGUUGGGCCGUUGGAUAUUUCCCAAAUACCUGUGCCCUUUUGUACAGUUUGCUCAACUAUGCUCUGUGUUCAUAUCGGUCUAUACGCUAACUGCCAUUGGAAUCGAUAGAUAUUUUGCAAUUGUUCAUCCAUUUCGGCUAUUAAUGUGGAUUAAGACACACAAAGAGUAUGUAAUAAUAGGUAUAUGGAUCGCCGGUAUACUGUUUGCUAGUAUCCAACUGGUCAAGAGUAGGGCCGUUCCCUUUCAAUACGGGCCACACGUUUACUAUGAUUGCCGGGAGGAGUGGUCGGAAAGUGAUGGUAAACUCUAUACGGCAGUGGUUUUCACGUUUACAUUUGCUUUGCCGGCCAUUGCGUUGGUAUUUGUUUACGGCUCUGUCGGCUAUACAAUAGUCAAACACAGCACUCCCGGGAAUCCAGAUAUUGUACGCGAUUUGACUCAAUUCAACAUCAAAAUUAAGAAUGACUUAUGGAAACUAAUCCGACGGAUCAAACCAAAGAUGUUUCGUUCAUUCAAUGAUUUCAAUUUUAACAACAAUUUUGAAUUAAGUGACUCUCAAUACUCGCACGAAAUAACUUAUAAUUGA